AUGCGUUUCUCUCUUCUUGGUGUCGCCUUGCUCUCUGCGGCGCAGAGUGCCACGGCAGCCCUGAAUGCGUCAUUCAUUGAGAAAUACGUCGAUACUCUUGAGCUUACUAGCUCGUUCAAUCCGAUCAAGGAGGCCUACUGGACUGGGUAUCCUCACCAUCGACGUACCCCAUUUGCGGUUUCUCCGGAUCUCAAGUCGGCCUAUCUCGCUUACCUCGACUCGAGCGGAACCGAUGUGCACGUUCAAAAGGUGAACCCGGAUACUUUUGAGGCUGUAGGAGAUACUGUCACCGUCACAGGCGGCAAAGAAGCCGGCGGUCUUAUCGCCCACAACGACGGCUUCGCCCUGCUCACCAACGAAGCCCUCCCAGCCGGAACCGCCAAUGCACCAGCGGACAGCACUCCCGUCCCCGUUCUCUACCUCUACACCAACGGCAAACAAACCUGGAAGACCUUCCUCGGCGGCCCUGGCGUCCACGAGUCCGACGGCCUGCAUGCCUCUCCUGAUCUCAACGGUGAUCUCGUCUACUCUGCCGAAGCCGGCCUCUACGGCGCGUACUUCGUUGUGACAGCAUAUACCGGCUCUGCGGCCGGUCACUUCGGUGACAGCAUCCAGUACGUCAACGAUGCCGGUGAACUUCAGAACAUUGCCGGCGCCUCGAGCUCAUGGGGCUGCAGCCACAACACUGGUAUCGCCUUCGAAGCUGCCUCGGAAGCUCCCUUCGCCAGUAUCUGCGCUGAAGACCAGGGCGCCAUAUGGUUGAAUUCCAAGACACAGGGUAUGGGUAACAACGGCGUCAAGAUCGCGAAUGAGAACACAACAAACGGUGCGUCCGGAGAACCCAUGGGCGGAAUGUCAGGAAGUUACAGUGCGCUCGCCAAAUUCGCCGAUACGACCCGGUACAUCUUCGCGUGGCCCUCUCGCGGUGCUGUUGACGUGACCACGAACGACUGGAUGGGUGACGGAUACACACACGUCCUCCCCCGAACCGAGAACCGCAACGUUGCCGUCGCCCUCUUCUCCGACAAAUACACGAAACUCGGCGAACAAGCAACAUCCGAAGUUGGUGCUGCCGACGGCGACAGCCAGGUCACCUGGAUCACCACGGGCGAAAAGGACCACACAAACGUGCACGCCGCGGCCUUCGGCCCCGUCAACUCGCUCGUGACCUGGGAGGAGAUCUCCGACCCGAUCUGCGACGAGUUCGUUGCCAUGGGAUGCCGUGGAACCUUCUCCGGAACAUACUUCCAGCAGGUUACGUACAAGGGGACGAAGAUCGGACAGCCCGUCAAGAGCGACGAUGUCUAUGUUGCGGGUGACAUUGUCAAGAUUGGCGCGAGGAGGCUUUGCUGGCCGUACGUGAACAUGGAGUGGGAUUUGUCCGAGGCUGUGAACAGCUGGGGUGGAAGCUCUGGGGCGACGACCACCAAGAUUAGCUUCGCUUGCAUCAAGUUGCACAUUCCAGAAUUGGAUGGUGACAAUGCGAAGAAGUGUUAG